AUGGCUUCUAUACCAACGGAAUAGAGAGGAGAGGAUUCUCCUUUCAAUGGUAUCAAAAUUGAGAUGGCUGAUUUGAACACUAAAAACGAUAGCAACAACAAAAUGAUGAGCAGUUCAAAACAUUUCAAUAGAUACUAGAGCAAAAUGAAAACUUCGGUGAUGUUCUCGAAGAUAGAAAAUGAAAACAUGUAUGACAUAGAGAACUACACAAAAAAAUAAAAGCCAAACAAAGAAAACUAUAUUGUAUUUAAAAAGAAGCUUGAUAGUUUGCAUAUGAGAAAAGAAAAUCCUAAGACAAAGUAGCUUGAUCUUGAAUAUGAGUGCUGUUCAGAUGUGAUUUGCGGAACAGAUAUUCCUGGCCAUUGUUGUUGCUCUACCUCUAAGAAAACUGCUGUGGACGAGAGAGGUGUCGGAAUAACUCUCUACUUCAAAAGCUUAAAGCAUCUUAUUUGGAACUAUCUUUUCUUUGUGAUUAUAUCUGCUCCUAUCCUCUUUUUCUGCUUAUAUUCAUCUAAAUAAAGCUCUGUUGAAAUAAAUAGCUUCUAAUCUUUCCUGCAAAGUUCCACAGUUGGAAAUAUCGGUCAAGAUGCAAGGUAAUGCUUUAAAGACGCGUUUUUCUUUAAUACUACAUCUGAGUAUGUUAUGUAAUGUUCAACUGGCAAUCUAGCUAUGAGCUAGACAUUUUCUUGGGGUUUAUUUUAAAAGAGCAAAAGCUAGGUCGAUUAUGAGCAAUAAGAUUGUAAUCUCGUAGAUGAUACUAAACUAGAUAAGACAUAAAAUAAAGAUAUUAAGGACAUUCCAAUUGUUAAAAAAUGUCAAGACUAAACUAGUUGCACAUUUUAAAAAUCUGAUAUUUUAGGAUUAUACAAGAUAACUGAUUUCACUGACAAGCAAUUUUACAUCAAAGCCUAUUGUCAAGGCACAUACUUUGCUUUCCCAUAUUAUAAUUUUCCUAAGAAAUAUGUUGCCUACAUUAUUGCUGGUAUUGAUGCUUUUAUAGUCCUUUGGUACUUCCUGAUGGUUUAUUUCCAAGGCAGCGCUGAAGAAAAGGCUAUUAAUAAUAUUUUGAAAUAAAAGAGAACACCUUCUCAUUUCACAAUAUAAAUUACUAAUCUACCAGCUAAGAUUAAGUCAGAAGCUGAUCUAAUGGCUGAUUUGUAAGAACAUAUUUAAUAAUCUGUACAAAAAUUUGCAAAAAAUGAGAGAAAAAACUUGUCUGUUAGGAUCAUAGAUGUCAAAAUUUCAGAAUCAUAACAAGAAAUCAUUCAGUAAAGAAAGAAAGGAAUUAUUUACAAAGAAAAUUAAAAGAGAAUUUUUGAAUUCUUGGAGAAAUAUGAUAGAAAUAGUGAACAUAUUUCUAACAGAAAAAAAGUCACUGUUUAAAUGCUAUAAGAGCUCAUCGAAAGCUUUUAAGAUUAAAGCCUCAAGAAAAAAGCAACUAAAGAGCUUAAAGCUAUUGAGAAUGCUUAUGUAGAAAUCGGCAAGGCUUUAGAAAAAAUUAAUAAAAUUGAAAAUAAAUCUACAAUUAAAUAUGCUUGGGUUACAUUUGAGACUAUUGAGAUUAAAAAUACUGCUAUUGAAUUAUAUCAAACUACCACUGUUGAGAGAUGUUGUGCUUUUAUUUGCGGUUGCUGUGAUUGCUGUGUACCCAAAGAAAAGCUAUUCCAAAAGAAGGUAAUCAAUGUUAAAGAUGCUCCUAAUCCAGAUAGCAUUUUAUGGGAAAAUAACGAUUCAUCUGCACUUCUUCUUAGAAAGCUAAUCAGUGUUAUCGUCACUAUUGCAGUUGUUGUUGGAUCAUAUAUCUUGAUUGUUUGGAUUAGAAAUCGUAAAUAAGAUAUUAUGCAAUAAUAUCCCAGUGUAGAUUGUAGCAAUCCAAUUUUCAAUAACAUUCAAUCUGAUUAAGGAAAAAAUCUUGUCGUAUUAGAAGAUAAUUAAUCUUCAGGAACUGUAAAAGUGGGAUAUAUAUACUGUUAUUGCAAAACUUAAAUUAACGAAAUAUUCUCUGGAAGUCUUGAUUAACCUUACAAGAGUAUUUGCAACAGUUGGCUUACUAGCUAUACUCUUAGUUAAUUCCUUCCUUAUGCAGCUGUUUUGUGUAUUGUUGUGAUUAACGUUAUUAUUUAAUUCCUUUUCUAGGCUCUCAGUUAGUUUGAAAAGCACAAAUUGCUUGAUGAUUAACUAAAGUCUUUUAUUAUCAAAACAUUCAUUGCUUAAUUCAUCAACACUGGUUUAAUCCUGCUGUUGACCAACAUCAAUUUCGAUAUUACUACUACAGGAACUCUGUAAUUUUUGUUUGGUGGUAAUUACGAUGACUUAUCACCUGAAUGGUUCAAGAAUGUCGGAACUGUUAUCAUUUUGACUCUACUUAUCAACGUUGUAUCUGCACCUAUGGUUUCAUGCUUUUUCGUUUUUCUUAGAGCUUUGUUCAAAUGCUGUGAUAGAGGAUGCAGUCUCGAUGAUACUAAGACUAAAAAAUCUACACUUAAUGAAUGGGUUGAAUUCUACACAGGACCAGAAUUCAUGAUAUCCUUUAGAUACUCUUAAAUUUUAGGUAUUUGUUUUAUUGGUAUGCUUUACUCAGGAGGUAUUCCCAUCUUGUAUUUCGUAUCUUUCUUACACUUAACCGUCCUUUACUGGCUCGAUAAAAUAUUCUUAUUUAAGAUUUGUAAGAUUCCCCCUAACUUUGAUCAAUAAAUGGCUACAAUGGCUCGCACAAUGCUUUAUUUAGUUCCUUUCCUACAUACAAUAUUCUCUAUUUACAUUUAUGGUAACACAGAUAUUUUCUUUGAGAUUUAAUAUCUCAAUGAGAGUUUCAUAGAUGUUUCUAGCUCUAAUUAAAUAGUAGAGCAGUUUAUUGUUAGAGUGCUUUAACGUUAGCAAAAUAUUGCUCACGGUAUCAUAUUAGCGAUCUUAUUGCUCAUGUUUUUGCUUAGGACAUUCUUAUACAGACCUAUUAAAGCUUGCUUGAAUCUCUGUUUACAUAAAACUGGUAUGGAAAAGUACUUAGAUAAGACUUAAUAAACUCAAAACAGUCAGUCUUAUUACAAAUUUAUGAGUGGUGUUCAGCUUAAGGAUGACUACAAUCUGAUAGAAUAUUACUUAAUGGAUUAGGAAGAAAAAGAAGAGGAUAAGUAAUCUAAAAAGUUCCAAGAAUAAUCUAAGGAGAAGUAAUAAUCGAUAGCAAAAUACUAUCCUGAAUAGAAAGACAAACAUAGUGAUAUUGUAGGAAUCUUUUCAUAUGAUAUCAGACAUAAUCCACUUUAUAGAAAGCUAUAUGCCUGGGACAAGAGAAUGGUAUCGCCAGAUGUUUCUAUGGUCAAUUAAAAUUAAUGA